UGAUUUCGAACCAUUUCGAACAGAGCACGUUUUUGUUGGAAAAGAAAAGUCACAACAAACCUUUUCUUUCGUCAGCGCACGGCGAGUGCGGUGCAGGAAUUUGUAGGCUCCCGUGAAAAGUGUAUUUUCACGAGGAAAAUAAAAGUGUUUGUGAAGUGAAUCGCUUCCGCAGUGCUUACUAGCACCCUGGAACUUGGAAUUCGGUCGGUUUUGUACAAUUCGUCAAAAUGGUGAAGCGAAACCACAAGUACAAAUCGGGCGAGGGUGCCAUGUACUAUACGCGCCGGGCUGCCAUGCGAAAGCUGCAGCUGAAAAUCCAAGACUUCCGGCAGCUGUGCAUCCUGAAGGGUAUCUAUCCGCGCGAGCCGAAGAACCGUGCCCGUGCCCAGCAUGGUUCGAAGGAGCUGCGUAUCCUGUACCACAAGAAGGACAUCACCUUCCUGCUGCACGAGCCGAUCGUGUGGACGUUGCGCGAUCGGAAAAUCUUCAACCGGCGUAUCAAACGUGCGGCGGCAAAACAGAACACGAACCUGCGUGAUAUCCGGCUCCACAACUAUCCGCAGCUCAAGCUGGACCACAUCGUGAAGGAACGCUACCCGACGUUUAUCGAAGCGAUCAAGGAGCUGGACGACUGUAUGACACUGCUGUUUAUGUUUAGCACGUUUCCGGCAACGAAAAUUAUUACCCGUGAGCUGACCCGAAUGAGCCGCAGGUUGACGGUGGAAUUUAUGCACUACAUCAUUGCGGCGCAGGCUUUGCGGAAGGUGUUCAUCUCGGUCAAGGGUUACUACUUUCAGGCGGAAAUUAAGGGCCAAACGGUGACGUGGAUCGUGCCGCACUACUUCCCGUACGCGCCGCACCGUGGCGAAAUGGUCGAUCUGAGCAUUAUGAAAUCGUUCGGUGACUUUUUCAUCGUGAUGGCUGGCUUCAUCAACUUCCGGCUGUACCAUUCGGUGAACCUGGUGUAUCCGCCACAGUUUUCCCAGGCCCUCGAUUCGGACGAAACGAUGGCCAGUGAGCAGAAGUUCGUGUCGGAGCGUAUUGCGGCGCUCAAUGUGGAUCUGUUGCGCUCGGAUGGUGGUGCCAGUGCUGAACCGGAGGAUGCGGAGCUGCUGGAAUGGGCGGGCACGGAUGAGGACCUGCCGCACGUGAAUCAGAUCCGACAGGAAGCGCAAAACCUUAACAAGCUGAAGACUCUGUUCAAGGGGCUCAAAUUCUUCCUGAACCGCGAAGUGCCCCGCGAACCGUUGGUAUUCAUUAUUCGCUGCUUCGGUGGUAAGGUGUCGUGGGACAAAACCAUGUUCGCGGGUGCCACGUUCGACGAGAGCGACGAGACGAUAACGCACCAGAUCGUCGAUCGGCCCAGCAUGGAGAAGCAGUACAUUUCGCGCGAUUACAUUCAACCACAGUGGCUGUUCGACAGUGUCAACCAGCGACGAUUGCUACCGACGAACCAAUAUUUCAUCGGUGCCGUACUUCCGCCCCAUCUUUCACCGUUCACCAACAGCCGAGUGCAGUACGUACCGCCGGAAGAGCUGGCACUGCGCAAGGCCGCCGAGCAGGAUGAUGAAGCAGCGAACGAGAAGUUCGAACCGGCAGAGGUGAACGAUGAGCAAGAGCAGAUUUCCGACGACGAGGAAGUGCUGGACCCGGAAGAGGAACAAGUGCAACAGGAAUUUGCACUGCUGAAAGCGUACAAUGACGAACGGACGGAUCAGCUGAACAGCGGUGUGGAAGAAAGUAGCGCCGCAAACGACAAACAGGAUCAGGAAAAACUGCAGAACAAUGGCAAAAAGGCAAAGAAGCCGGAAGGUGAUGCACCGCUACAGGCACAGAAUCCGGUUCGACCGAAAGGCAUGACCGUGCGACCGGGCAAAGUGUACAAGGAAAGUCCAGAGGAACAGCAGGCAGUUACCAAGCACGAGGAAGCUCUGCGCGCCCGUAUGGUAAAGUCGAAACAUCGUAAACUGUACUCGAUGAUGAUGGAGUCCAGGAAAAAGUCCGAAAAGGAAGCAGCCUUACUGGCGGAAAAGCGGGCCCGCAUCGAGAAGCAGAAGAAGGCGGAACAGGUCGAGAAACAGAAGAAACAGCGGAAGCAAAUUUUAGCCUAGAGCAGCAGUGGGGGUACCUCGGCGAACGUCUAUACUAGAAUUAAGUGCCCUCCUGUCGUCCGGGAGGAGAGAACAAUAAACAUUUCUUCUCUUACUAUACCUCGGAAGGGGAAUAUAACCCGAA